AUGUCUUUAUCAAAGCCAACGAGCAGUAGCACAACAAGUGGAAAACCCACCCUUCCCCAAGCGUAUGGAUACCUUACGAUCGUCCAAUCUGGCACUGCUAUCGUCUUUUCCACCGUCUUGGUAACGCAUUUAUCAGCCAUUGCAUUAGCCAACUUUGGCGGUAUUAAUUUGACAAACAAGGCCAUCAUUCUCGGUCGCGUCUUUUAUCAAAAUCGACUGCUUGAACCUAUCGUAGUGUUUGGCGCGUUCUGGGGUCAUGCAUUGGCAGGAUUAGCUAAAAGAGGAAUAAAGCUGUAUUGGAAAUAUAGAAAGGCCGACAUACGAAAGUUGUAUGGAGAAGUGUAUGAGAAAGUAGAAAAGAUUGUGGAAGACGAGACAAAUGAGCAAGGUCAAGUUGUUAGACAAAAGAUUACCACCAAGACGACUACGACAAUCACCAGUUCGUACCUCUCUCGAGCGAGUGCCCUGUUACUUCCAUUCCACAUUCUAGCCGGAUACCUGUUGUUUCCUCUUGCCGCCACGCAUUUAUAUGUGAUGCGUAUACUACCCAAACGAGAACUCGGCGAUUCGUCAUCGAUCAAUGCAACAUAUGCUACCUUGGCUUUCCGAAAAUUCCCCAAAACUUCGUAUCUGAUCACGACCGGACUCAUUUGUUUCGGGGUCUAUCAUGUGGUGAGCGGUAUUCCUGCUGCAACGCGCGUGUUAUGUGGUGCUGCGUGCAAGAAGAAGAACGGAGGAGAGAAGCCGCCCGCAUUGACUGAGAAGGAGAAGCAGAAACAGAGGAAUAUUAAGCAUGGGGUUAUCGGUGUUACUACGGGUGUUUUGUUGGGAGGAAUGUAUUGGAUCGGUGGGAGGUUUGGAAGAGAUCAGAUUAGGAUUCCGCAAAGAGUACAAUAUUUGCAAUUGUAUGGUAGAGUAUUACCGGAUAGUUGG